CUCAUGUUUUUACAUCCGAACGCACGCUUUCUCUUUGAUCUCGACCGACGCUUGUUCUUUAGCGCAGCGGAAGCGUCGGUGUGCGCGAGCUGAGUGCUGCGGCUGGCGAUGCUUGGCGCGUGCGGCGGCGGUGCGUCCGGCGCGCUGGAGGUGCGUCUGCUGGCGGAGCGCGAUGCGUGCGGGGCGGUGGAGGACGCCGCGGCGCUGGAGCUCAGCAGAGGCCCGUCAGUGCUGUGCUGCUGUGUGAAUGCAGCAGGUGAAGUGAGAGUGAGGAGCAUCUCUGAGAGCAGAGCAGCACUCCACACUCUCCAGCACAGCUGCACUGAUGUUCUGUGGGAGGAUCAGUGGGAGCGCAGCGGUCGGGAUGUGAAGCUGAAGCUGAAGCUGCUGCUGCUGGACUCUCAGUGUGCGCUGAGGCUGUAUGAGCUGGAUCCUCAGGGUCAGCCGCAGCUUCUGUGUGAGAGAUCGUCUGAAUCACUGCUGCAGUGCGUUCAACACAAGCACCCCGACGUGCCGGAGCUGCUGUCGCUGAGGCCGCUGUGGUUCGCUGACGGCUGCUGUGUGCUGCUGCUGAACACAUGUCUGCUGCUGCAGCUCCGCUGGACGGACGAGACGGCGCAGCUGGAGACACUGUCCUGCGUUCGGCUCGCUUCACCUCUCCAGAUGGAGGAUGCCUGCGCCGACUGCCGGCUCUGUCGGGGAACACUCUUCAUUCUGCUCAGGACUGGACUCGCAUAUGUGUUUGACAGCACUGAUGGGAAGCUCUUGGCUUCAGUGGAUUUCGCCUCAUACUGCAGUCUAGCAGACGUCUCAUCAGACGUCUCAUGUUUCUGUCUCUUCCAGAUCUCACAGGAUCUCAGUACAGCUGUGAGCAUCACCCGGCAGAACCAAGCCCUCGCCGUCGACCUCAACCACUACUUCAGGAAGUAUCCAGAUCACCUUCACUGUCGUUCAGCCCCUAAUCGGCCAUUUCUCAGGCCCACUGAAUCAUGGGAUCAGGACAGUCUCGCGAGCUCCGUCCACAGCCUGUCGGUCCUGGAUAAACCUUUCCAAACAGACCGGUCGUGGGAGGCGCGUCUGUCUUCGCUGUACAGUCGAUCUAAAGCUCCGGAGCGCCCGGCUCAGGGGUUACCCUGGUUCAGAGAUUUCCCUCAUGUGGAGUGCCGUCGGGCGGCCGCCACCGCCAAACUCUCCCAGCCCUCCGUGAAGCCAGGGGGUGCUGUGACGUGUUUCGACGUGCCGGACGGAGCAACCGCAGCAGGCCUGAACGUCUCAGAGUUCUCUGCGCUUGUUACGUUCGUUUGUCCUGGAAACACCAACACGGUUCUGGCUUACUGGGACCUGGAAGGUCAAAGCGUGACGUACCACCGCGCAGACGCCCCCGCCGCCCCCGUCCAGAGAUCAGCUGAGGAGCACCUGUGUCUGUUACUGAAGCCUUCGGGUCUGUCGGUGGUUUUGUUCUGUGUGACGCAGGAUGAGCUGUUGAACCGGUUGAUGGUUUUUGGCACAGCCGGGACGGUCGACUCGCUCUGCCAUCUGAACGCCUGGGGACGCUGUUCAAUACCCAUACAUGCCCUACAGGCCGGCCUGAAGAACCACCAGCUGGAUACGGUUGAUUUCUUUCUGAAGAGUAAGGAGAACAUCCUGAGCCCCGCGUCUGGGUUUGUUCUGCCCGUCUCGACCCAAAGCCAUCUGAGGAAUGUGCAGGCUCUGUGUCCGGCUCUGGAUCUGCUGCGCUCUGCUAUUCACGACACACACACUGAAGCUCAGAGCCAACAGUUCUGCGAUCAGCUGCUGAGCAUCACGCUCACCUUCCUCAACACACAAACCAGAGUCCUCCUCACCAGCACACACGAGCUGGACGUGAACCUGCAGGAGUGUGUGCAGAUUUUAGACGGCUACAUCUCUGACCUGCGGCGAUACAUGAAGAAGUUCCCCUGGCCGCAUGCCUCUGUGAGUCUGAGCGCUGCUGUGUCCAUCGCCGACACGGACCAGGACUGGCCGUCGCUGUCUGAUGAGGAAGUUGUUCAGCACGCUAUAUUGAGCAGACGGAUCCCACAUGCGCAGGCUUUCCUGCGCAGACGCGGCUGUGUUGAAUGCAGUCUGGAGGACAUCAGGAAGACGGGACUGAGACGCACCUUCAUCUGUCUCACUCACAGAGACCUGCCGCAGGCCAAAACACUGCUGACUCACAUGGGCUUCAAUGUGAAGGAGCAGCUCCACAGCAUCUGCGUUUUCACCGCCGAUCGGGAUCUAAGGGCCUUCAUGGUGGAGGAGCUGCAGAAGCAGAAUUACCUCUCGUGUGAAGAGCUACAGCAGGUGGAGUUUAUUCAGACCAUUAAUAACUUGUGCUCGACACCUGCGACGAGAUGCUCGAACCGUCUGGACACCAGCAGGGUUCUUCAGAUGAGCCGGUCUGAUCCCGAGAGCAGGCGUCUGCUGCAGGAGAUCACGCAGGAACCGGACUCGUCCUCCUGCAGCUCUCUGCUGGAUCCUGUGCGUCUGGACUGGGUCAGAUACUGGGACAGAGACACGCAGAGCUCCAUCCUUCUGUCCCGACUGCAGCCGCCUGCUCAGGGUUCGUGGGAUGCCGCUGUUCUGUGGUCGUAUCUCACCUCUCUGCACGAUGGUGUCCGAGCCUCGGCAUGGGUUUGCAGCUCAACCGCAGCUGACGUCCCCCGCUGGCCUGCGCUCGCGCCGCACGUCAUCAACCACAGCAGCCGCUGCGGACAGUACCUGCGUGAUCAGAUCCUGGACCUGCUCGCCCGACAGGGCCUGUUUGUGCAGUCGGAGAUGGAGGACUUCCAGCAGUUGCUAUGGCGACUGGGUCAAGCCGGAGGAGUGAUGCAUCAUGGGAAGGGUCCUCCUGUCCCACAGGAGUUUCACCAGCGCUUCGUCCUGCACUGUCUGGAGAACAGCCUGCAGUACCUGCUCUACUGCUACCUGGAGCACUACAGGUUAACUCCCGGGAAUUGCCCGCUUCUGACCGACAGAAACCUGUUUGAGAGCUUCCCCUGGUUUGAGAUGAUGCUGAAAUUACAGAAAAUCACCAGAGACCUUAAAGAGCCGGAGCGAGUGUUCGGGGCCAGUCUGACGGCGGCGCAGGUUCUGCUGCCCGGGAGUCAAGCCAGCAUCAGCAGCAUGCUACUGGAGGGUCACAGUCUGCUCGCCCUGUCCACCAUCAUGUUCAGACCGGGCGGCAUGGACCAGGCCGUGCGCGAGGGCGAGCGCGGUCAGGACCCGCUGAGCAGAGUCGACCCGCAGCUGCUGCGGAUGGCCCUCAGUGCGUAUCCCAAACUCAGAGCGGCCCUGUUCCCUCAGAGCGGCCCGCGCUGCGACGUUUCCCUCUACCACCUCCUGCAGGCUUUGCAUCCGCUGGAUCCCUCCAGACUGUUCGGAUGGCAGUCGGCCAACGCCACGGGCGGCAGCGAAGCGUCCAGCGAGCCGCCGCACUUCUCCAGCUCUCAGCUCGUCAGUAAGUUGGCCGUCGUCGAGAGUCUGGACUUCCUGUAUUACCUGAGUCACGGCCGGCCGGCGUUCGCAUACGGGGUUUUCAUCACGCAGCAUCUCCUCGACUGCAGCAAUGUCAAGCUUCAAUCGUCGUACGAGGCGGCGCUGGAGUGGGCACUUCCUGUCCAGUUCUGUCACCUGCACGCUCUUCCUCUAAGCCCCGCCUUCCCACAGGACUGCGCUCGUGACGGGCAGUGGCUCAACUUCCUGUUGUUUGUACAGCUGCACAAUUACCCGCUACGACAGGUCAGAUCUCUGGCAGCCAGUUUCAGUCCGGCUCUGCAGUCGCACAUUUCUCUGGCUUUCCAAGAUCUUCAUCCGACCAGCUCCCAUCAGGCUGUGGAGGAUCAAGGAAGCGUCGCUCGCGCUCUUCCCCGAGACGAGAGCCCCGAACCCCCCAGAGAGCUGUUCCAGGUGCUGCUGGAGAGCCAGGAGAAGCCCAGUCCCUGGAGGUUUCUGCUGUCCGAAGCGGUCCGUCAGCGCAGUCCUGCUCUGUCCGUGCUGGCAGCCUGCCAUCAGGCCGCCGAGCUGCUGCAGUGUCUCUGCGUGUGGAUCCUGGCAUCUGUCGGGGAUGAUGUCACUCAGGAAGCCACCGCCCACAUCCAGGAGAGCCCCGCCCAUCACGUGUGGAACCUCCACGAUCUCUCCGUCUUGUGGAAGACGCUGCUGUGCAGGAGCAAGAUCAGGCCUCUGAUUCGGGGAUUCCAGCUGUUUCAGAGGGAGUCUCCGCUGAUUUACAUGCUGCACAUGUAUGAAUUCUGCUCGGACUACAAAGACUAUCAGCGAGCCAAAGACAAACUGCUGGACUUCCAGAAGUGUUUGCUCAAUUUGCGGAGCAGCAGUGUGGUGUUAAGUUCAGACGUGCUGCCGGUCCAGUGGGUCGAGUCUCAGGCUUCGGCUCUGCUGCUGACGCUCCUCAAGCAGAGCAGGACUCAGUACGAGCUGCGCCGCCUGCUUCAGCUGCUGGUGGACAUGGAGCGACUGCUCAAAUCCAACGGGCCUGACUUCAGGAAGCUGAGUCAGCUGAGUCAGGUGCUGUCGGACACUCCUGUGCCGCUGUCUGCGCAUCUGCUGGACCAGUACUCCAGCGCCGGCCUGCAGGACGAGUGCAGGACCAUCAUGCAGCAGCUGCAGGACCUCGGCCUCUUCACGCAGGCCAGGACCGUCGCGCAGCUGGCCGAGCUGCCCAUCGACUGCCUGAUCAUAAAGGAGCUGCUGCGAGAUCUGUGCGCUCAUCAGCAGAAGCGUCAGUGGGAGAGGCAGGAGACGCGGCUGGCCUUCUGGAGGAGAUGCCACGAGCAGCUCAAGACGGAUCGCGUCCAGCCCGAGGCGGCCUCUCAGUUCUUCCUGACUCAGGCUGAGGAGCCGCUGGGGUCGGGUUCGGAGCUGGUUCAUCUGCAGGAGCGCUGUCUGCUGUUGGGUCUGGCGGGUCACUGGCUGUCCCUGCGUGAUCCUCCGCUCCCCGUCUGCCGUCUCGCCGCGCUGGAGGAGCGUCAGUGGCAGAGUCGCAUCCGCUGGCUGCUGCUUCACACGGCUCUGGAGCGCCAGAGUCUGUUCGCGCCCUCGGCCCUCUCCCACGACUCCUUCCAGAGCCUCCUCCAGGAGUUCUCCUUCUCCAGGACGGCGGCUCUGGACGAGCCGGCUCAUCUGAGUGUGGCCGGGCUCCCGGCGGCCGAGAACGACUGCCUGCUGUCUGCAGACGAGCGCAAGGCUCUGGCCGCUCUGGUGGCGCAGCUGCUGGACGAGGGCGGCGUGAGCGAGGCCAGUCGCGUCUGCAGGUAUUUCCGUCUGUUUCACAGAGACGUGUGGCUGGUCCUGAAGUGUCGCGGUCUGGCGAGCGGAGAGCUGCAGCCUGAGCUUCACAGCCCUGAUGGAGAAACCAGACGCAGUUUGCCAUCAUCUCCUAGCAUGAGCGGCCUGUCGUCGUUCGUGGUGGUGCCGUCGCCAGACGAUCAGGUUCUGGUUCAGCUCAAACAUCUGGUGGAUCAGUGCUGCAACGGCAAGAGUUACUGCAAACAAGUGCUGAGCCUCUACGAGCUCUCGAAGGAGCUGCAGUGCUCGUUCGCUGAGAUCUCGUCGGAGGAGCCCGAGGCUGUUCUGAGGAAGGUCCUGCUCUCGCAGCAGGUCGACCGCUAUAAGCGCGCUCAGGCCUUCAUCAGUGUGCAGGGCCUGCAGCCCGACGCCGUCGCCCGGCUCGUCUCCACCGCUGUGCUGGAGGGUUUGCUCGCCUCGGCUCAGGAGGGAGAAACCGGAGAGCGGCUGAUGUACGGCCCAGCCGACGGGAGAGACACGUUCCUCCAGCUGGCCAAACUGUGUGGAGACCCAAACCUGGUCGGCACCAAACUGAUGGACAGCAUCCCGACCGUCCCGCGGUCAGAACUCAGCUGCACUGUGGAGAUCUUGAUUUUGGCUCAUGACUGCUUCAGUCUCACCUGUAACAUGGAGGGAAUCGUGAGGGUCCUGCAGGCAGCCAGACACCUGAGUCACACACACCUGGCUCACGGCGACGGCUACGGACUCCUGGUGCGUCUCCUCACAGGUAUCGGCAGGUACAAUGAAAUGACGUACGUCUUUGACCUGCUCCAUCAGAACCAUCGCUUCGAGAUGCUGCUGAGGAAGAAGGUCGAGUCGGUGAGAGAUCGAGUGUCAAUGCAUCUCAUACAAAAUACAGAAAUUGCGUCUGUGUUGGCCGAAGCGUACGACUACAGUCCGGACUGGGCCGAGCUCCUCUAUCAGAAGGUGGUGCUCAGAGCAGACUUCAGCUAUCUGGAGGAGUUCAAGCGGCACCGAGCGCUGAGUGCCGGCCUGUUCGAAGACAUCUCCAAGAAAAUGUCUCAUCACAAUGCGCCGGCGAGCUGCAGUCAGAAUCUGAAGAAGCUCCUGUCUCACUGCGAGGACGUUUACACGCAUUAUAAACUAGCUUACGAGCACAAGUUCCUGGACGUGGCCAACAUGCUGCUGCAGGACUCCAAGACCAACAGCUUCCUGAAGGACCGGCUGGGCACCUGACGCCCAAAAACAGCCCCAACACGGCUAAACCUGAGCCAGCCCUCGCCACCACAUUCUGCUCUUACCAUGCAGCGUUUAAUCAUGACCUUUCAAUAUGUGGACCUUUCUAAACGAGCAAAACUAACUCCAGUAAAAGUGAUUUUUGACCGUUUCCAGGCGUCUGUGUUUAUGUCCUGAUGUGCAUCAGCACGAUGCAGACGUUUUUUCCCCAUUAACACGCUAAAAUGCUGUUUUGAUGUAGAAUGAGACGUAUAUUUACAACAUGUUAUAUUUUUCUGCAUUUUUAGUGCUGAGAUUAAUAGUGGAGACACUUAAUGACGCUCUUCAGGACACUUAAAUAGGGCCAUAUGAAAUCGGUUUUAUUUUGUCACAAGUUGUGUUUUAUUUUGUUUCCAAAUUCCAUUUGUUCCAUUUGAAUUAGUUUAGAUUCCUUUUUUUUCUGGGCUCUAUUUUAAUGGUUAACUUAAAUGUUAGUAAUCAA